AUGCAGUUCGUACGGCCGAGCAAAUUCCGCCACGUAUUCUGCAAGCCAGUGAAGCGCGAGUUCUGCCUGGACAACAUCCGGGUAACGACCAUAUCAUGGGAGUCUUUAUUCUGCGCCGUGAAUCCGAAGUUUGUCGCCAUCAUUACCGAAGGCUCCGGAGGGCCGUUCAUUGUCGUACCAUUAACUAAGGUCGGCAAGAUCGACAAGGAUUUUCCGGUGGUCGAUGCACACAAGGCACCUUGCCUCGAACUUGCCUGGUGUCCGUUCGACGACAAUGUUAUCGCCAGCUGCUCGGAUGAUUGCACAGCGAAAGUCUGGCGGAUUCCAGAGUACGGCCUGCGGACAACGCUGAGCGACCCGCUGAUCGAGCUGCACGGCCACAAUAAGCGAGUGACGACCGUCGUCUGGCAUCCGACGGCAAGCAAUAUUCUGCUCACCGCCGGAGGUGACUGUAAAGUGUUUUUGUGGGACGUUUCGAACGGCGAGACGCUGAUCGAGAUCGACGGUCAUCCGGACGUCAUCUGGUCGGUAUGUUUCAACUACAACGGCAGCAAGAUCCUGACCGCUUGCAAGGACAAAAAGCUGCGAGUAAUCAAUCCUCGAACGGGUGAGAUUCUGCAGGAGGGUUUUGGACACGAGGGCGUGAAACCGCAGAAGGCGAUAUUCGUCAACGACGGCCGCAUCCUGAGUACCGGCUUCACGAAACGCAGCGAACGCAUGUACGCGUUGCGCGAAGAGGCGUCCAUCGAAACCCCACUCAUCGAAGAAGAACUCGAUCGAAACAACGGCGUCAUUUUCCCUUUCUAUGACCACGACACA